AUGUCGUUUCUGCCGUUCCCCCUCUUCCCCGCCUUCUCGGCCCCUUCCCCUCUUCAGUCGCCGAUCGUGGAGGUCCUAGCCGACGAUUACCUUCUCUCGCUCGUGCUGCGCUCGCUAACGCGCGACUCCUUCCAUUACGCGCUUGUCUCCACGCGAUGGUACGCCGCAGCGCGGUUCUCGCUCGCGCACCUCACUAUCAAAUCUGACAUCCGAUGUUCCGUUCUCCUAGACACGAUUCGCACCUUUUCCUCGCUCACGCACCUCGAGCUUCAAAGUUUCGCAUGCCCGUCACUUGCAGCGACCUCUCGUCUCUCUUCCAUGGCUGUCGCAAGCUCCGCCACCUCCGCCCCCUCACUCUCCACUACCUCCCGCACCUGCCGCCCGCCUCUCCUCUGCGACCUCAGAACCCUCCAUCUCUGCCGCUGCGAAGGCUAUAACGGCUCCAAUGCCAAUCACGGCGUGGAUCAGCUCGAGCAUCUCAUCGCGCCGCCUGAAAGCAUUGGCGCGCUGCAGCAGCUACAGGAGCUCCGCGUGGCAACAAGGUCCGCGUUCAAAGGUCUCCCCGAUUCCAUCGGCAGCCUCACCAACCUCCGAAGCUUGACCUUUACCAACCUCUUUCUCGCGCACCUCCCCACCUCCAUUGGUGGCUUACCGCAUUUGCAAACCCUAGAGAUCGAAAUGCAUGAGUUAGAGUCGAUCCCGGAUUCCUUCCACCACCUCACCUGCCUUCGUUCCUUCUCGCUACAUUCCAAGUGUUUGACGCGCGUGCCUGCGCAUGUGAUGGGGGCGAUGCUGCGAUUGAAGGCGCUUUCUCUCUGCUGCGAGUCCCUCCAGAGCCUGCCGGACACCAUCUGCUGCCUCCCCCUCUCCUCCCUCUCCCUCUCAUGCCCUAAAAUCACCUCCCUUCCGGAUAGUCUUGGAGCCCUGAUACAGCUUGAAACCUUAAAACUUCAGAAUCUUCCCAAGAUUGGGUAUCUGCCUGAGAGCAUGGGAGAGCUACAGCAAUUGAGAUCGCUGGAAAUCGACCAGCUGGGCCUGCUGCGGCAGCUGCCGGAAAGCCUAUGCACGGGGAGUGUGAGGCACAGCCUGGAGCAGCUCUACCUGCGCGACUGCGGCGAACUGCAGCAGCUGCCUCCCCAGAUGGCCAUGCGGAUGCGCCUGGAAGAGCUCGAAAUCACAUGGUGCACUCUCCUCGAGUCCCUAGAGCCAUUGCUUGCUCCGCAUCCCCCACUGGGUGUGACCGCCUCCCUUGCUUCCGCUCUUUCCAUGGCUCCUGACCUUGCACCUCGCCCUCCUCUUGACCCUGCUCCUGCUUCUGCCACUGUCGCUCCUACAGCCACUGCUGCCGGCCCCACCAGUGCUUGCAGGUCCCUUGGACAGCUGGAAAACCUCAGGGUCCUGAAGCUCCAAUACAUGGAAAAGUUAUCUGUGCUGCCCAAGUCACUCGGGCAGCUAAAAAACCUUGAAACGCUGGAGCUGUGCUAUUUACCAGAGCUGAACUCUCUGCCCGGGUCACUCCGCUGGCUGCCAAAGCUGAAAGAGCCGUUGCUGAUUGAUGUGGGUAGGGUGACAGACAGAGUGGUGGUGGAUUGA